UUCGUUUUCAGUUUGACUUUACUCGCAAAUUCUGCAGCUGCGUAUUCGUUACUUGGGAGAGGAGAUUAACUACGUACCUAAAGUGGUCAGCAAUGAAUAGUCUGUUAUGAUUCUUUCAGACGACCAGAAACGAUGGGUAGUCUUUGGAGUUGCUCUAAACAAGGUUCUGGUCGUACACAUACGGCCGUUUGUUAAGCAAGAGAUUCAUAGAGAGUAUGGUAAUCUUCAGACCAGCCAUAACAUCCAUACUCAGAGCUAUAAUGGGCAACUCCAAAAGCACACAGUGACUUUAAGGUAUGAGAACAUCAAUGGAAACGACACACUACCCAGGAAACCUGGUGGAAAGUAUGACUACCCCAAGUUUGACUACCAGGUGACGUCAUGUAUUGACUUUGCCAAGCUAUACGUGGAGAAGCACAUGGGCAAGUUUGACGCAUUUGACGAGCAGUGUGAUGCAUCAGCUGUGCUCACACUACUUGGUAAAGUUCCCGUGUUUUCUGUUGCUGUUCAGUCUGCUGCUGGUGACGUUAAACAAGCUAGGAAUGCAUGGGCACACUGUGAGUUCAGAACCAUACUGUGUAUGAACGCUACUGUUGACCCUGAUCUGGUAAAGGCUGUUCAGCAGGAGCUCAUUGGUCUGAAGAACGAUGUUGAUAAGCUAGCAUUUGAAAAAGAGGAAGAAAGAGAGCAAUUGCAGACUGCGCUUCAGAAUGCUGUAGGCCAUCAGAAAGAGCUGGAAAAACGCGUUUCGAAGGUCGAAAGGGAACAAUGCCGCCGUCGUGAGAAAUAAUCGUCGUUCAACACGUGUAACACUACCUCGAGCAUAUUUUUCUUUUUGAUGUUUCAGAGAUUACCAGUUGGGAAGCAGAAAUCAACGAGUAUGCUAGACGUUAUGAUCCAGAUACAAGAAGGUGGUUUUUCGAGGAUUUCCACAUAUGGUUCGGGGAUCCUGGAGACUCCAGAGCGUAUGUUUGGCUUGGAGAUACUGGGGUCAGCAAGAGUGUCAUGGCUGGUGCCUUGGCACGCCAAACAAGAAAAGCAGGAAACUGAGCAGCGGCCUAUUUUUGCCGCCACAACGAUGCGACAAGAGGCAAUCCCAGUUAUCUACUGGGGACUAUCACAUGCCAACUUUGCAAAUGUAAUGAGCAGUACAAUAGUCUUGUGGAAGGGGAAGUUGGCAUCACAAAGUCUUUAGGUAAUUCUGCUCUAGGUGUUCACGAAUUGUUUACCAAAUUAUUACAAGAGCUACUGGCUCAAUGCACCUCUUCUGACACCAGAAAGUUAAUCGUCAUUGAUGCACUAGAUGAGACAGAUUACGAGUCUAGGGAAGAUGUUCUCGAUCUUAUAAUGCACCGUUUUCCCAUGCUUCCACAAUGGCUUGUUUUCUUUAUCACCAGUCGCCCUGAGGAUUGUGUUCAAUUCAGAUUAAAAAGGUACAAUCCCUGUAUAAAAAUUUGUGCCAGAAAUAGCGAACACGUUAAGUUCUAUCAACAGCACGAACAAGACAUAAAGCUAUAUUUAGAGAAAACCGUCAAUUUCACACGUCUGCCGUACUCGGUGGAUGAUGUAGCAAAGAAAUGCAGCGGAUUGUUUUUGUACACCUUCUAUGUUAAGAAAGCUCUCAAGGAUGAAGGGAAUUCAGGUAAGAUUAGUCAGCUUGAUGAACUAAUCCCCAGAGACAUGGAGAGUUUUUUUCUGCAGAAUUUCAGGAGAAUUUAUGACAAAGUAGGAGCGGACUUGUACAGGAAAUCGUUUGGAUGUACCAUAGCUGCUCCAUC